AGGAAGCAGAGUCGCCAUUUUAGCACUGGAGGUAGAAGAAACAUCGGUAUUUUUGGAAACUGUCAAAUAACCUGCCCCCGAUAUGGACUCGAAUGUAGUAGGGUCGAAUCGGGUUGUGCGGGCAAGUAUGGUGGAGGGUGUCGGGGCCCGAGUAGCCCGAGGACCAGACUGGAAAUGGGGCAAACAAGACGGAGGUGAGGGUCAUGUUGGUACGGUGAGGAACUUCGAAUCCCCCGAAGAAGUGGUCGUAGUGUGGGAUAAUGGAACUGCGGCUAAUUACAGAUGUGCUGGAGCUUACGAUCUCAGAACUUUGGACAGUGCACCAACAGGAAUCAAGCAUGAUGGAACCAUGUGUGACACCUGCCGGCAACAACCCAUAUUUGGGAUUCGUUGGAAAUGUGCAGAAUGCUCGAAUUAUGAUCUGUGUUCAGUCUGUUACCAUGGAGACAAGCAUAAUCUCAGGCACAGGUUCUAUAGAAUUAACACACCAGGGAGUGAAAGAGUUUUGGUGGAACCUAGGAGGAAAAGUAAGAAAAUCACAGCUAGAGGGAUAUUUCCUGGAGCUCGUGUUGUGCGAGGAGUUGACUGGCAGUGGGAAGACCAAGAUGGAGGAAAUGGAAGGAGAGGAAAAGUUACUGAAAUACAAGACUGGAGUGCAGCAAGUCCUAGGAGUGCUGCCUAUGUCAUCUGGGAUAAUGGUGCCAAGAAUUUAUACAGGGUUGGAUUUGAAGGAAUGGCUGACCUUAAGGUUGUCAAUGAUGCCAAAGGAGGGUCUUUCUACAGAGACCAUUUACCUCUGCUAGGUGAAGCAGGUGCUGGGUCAAGGUCGGGUGCUAGUGGGUUUGCCAUCAAUGAUCAAGUCAAUGUGGACCUGGAUCUAGAGAUAGUUCAGUCCUUACAGCAUGGACAUGGGGGCUGGACAGAUGGGAUGUUUGAGUGUUUGGGAACAACAGGGACAGUGGUAGGGAUAGAUGAGGACCAUGACAUUGUUGUGUCAUAUCCAAGUGGAAAUAGGUGGACAUUUAACCCAGCAGUUCUUACCAAGGUGAAUACCAUCAGCUCCAUAUCUGCUUCCACAGAAUCUGUCAACACCAGUUUGCAGUUUGCAGUGGGUGACCUGGUGCAGAUCUGUAGUGACACAGAGAGGAUCAAAGUAUUACAGAGAGGGCAUGGGGAAUGGGCUGAGGCCAUGAUGCCAACACUAGGCAAGAUUGGCCGAGUACAGCAGAUCUAUCAUGACAAUGACUUGAAGGUAGAAGUGUGUGGGACAUCAUGGACAUAUAACCCAACAGCUGUAACCAAAGUGGCAUCUGCAGAUGGAGCCACUGUAGGAAACUCUUCAGGAGAACGUUUGAGUGCUCUGUUGAAGAAGUUGUUUGAGACUCAUGUGUCAGGAGACAUAAAUGAAGAGUUGGUGAAAGCCGCCGCUAAUGGUGAUGCUCAGAAGUGUGAAGAGAUUCUGCAGAGGACAGAAUCUGAUCCCAAUGGAGUAUUUGCUGGACACACUGCACUACAAGCAGCAUCCCAAAAUGGCCAUGUUGAAGUCAUCAAGACACUGAUGAAGUAUGACUUGGAUAUGGAAAUAGAGGACAAAGAUGGUGACAGGGCUGUGCAUCAUGCAGCAUUUGGUGAUGAGCCGUCAGUGGUUGACAUGCUCCAUAGAGGGGGUGCUGAUCUCAAUGCCAGGAACAAGAGGAGACAAACUCCACUCCACAUUGGGGUCAAUAAAGGUCACAUCGGUGUGGUGAAAAUGUUACUGGAGCUGGGCUGUCACCCUAGCUUACAGGAUUCUGAAGGCGACUCGGCUAUUCAUGAUGCUAUCAGCAAGAAGAGAGAUGACAUGAUCAGCCUGCUGCUGGAGUAUGGUGCAGACAUCACGCUGACCAAUAACAAUGGCUUCAAUGCUUUACACCACGCAGCUCUGAGAGGAAAUCCCAG